AUGAAUUCACGUACGAUUGCAAGUGUUGGGCUAGAAUCCCAUAUUUUACAAGAAAGACGCCUGCCGCCGUCCGAUCGUCCGGAGGACUCCAGAAGACCUCCCAUUCAGCUGAUACCGCGGCCUGUGGUACCGCUGCGCCACGGAAGCAUCCGUCCCCAUCCCCUCGUCGUCAUUCGGCAUACCACAAAUGGCAUAAGUCAAAGUUCAGUAGGCCUCAUUGCAGUCAGUCAUGCGGAACAGAGAAAGCUGCCGCCCAACCCCACUCUCCUCACUCUCCCCACUCUCCCCACCCAACUCCCCACGGCAGUUUGUCGGCCUGAACUUGUUGGGUACAUCUUCACUGUCGGCAAUUGCUGUCAGGAGAUUUGGAUGGCAAAUGUGGCACAUUCGACACGCGAUUGA